AUGCUAAACGCCCUCGAGGGAGACCGCCAACGAGAUGGGCGCUUCAAAGCCGGAAACAAGAAACUCGAAGAUGAGCCUCGCUCUGGUCGACCGACUGCAAUGUCGUUCGACGAACUGGAGAAUCUGGCGGAGCAGCAUCCAUAUGAAAGUGUGCGGUAUUUGCUGUCAGUCUUGGCUGUUCGCCGUGAGCAAUGGAGUGCGAUCUCUCGGAAUGGUGAAAAAGCUCGAAGCCGCAGAUUCGACUGGCUGAACACCAUUGUCACUGGAGAUGAAAAAUGGGCCCUCUACAUCAACCACACCCACAAAUGUGCGUGGUGCGCUGGCGAUGAAAUGCCGGAUCCUUUCGUGGAAGGUGAAAUCCAUGCGAAGAAGGUCAUGCGUCAUCUGGAAGAGAAGCGCUACGAUGAUCGUGACCAUCCCGAAAAUGACCUUCAGGCUUUCUUCGCCUCCAAGUCGCCGGAGUUCUACGCCAAAAGAAACCGUGGUCUUGUGAACAUUACGGCAUCUUCGGCGUACUUGAAAUCGACCAAGAGACGUGCUGAUGGUUCUAAAACGUCAGUGCUAAAUUGUUCUUCGCAUAGUGUAUCGACGGCAAUGUUGAACGGAAAGGAUCGCGCGGUGGACUGA